CCUAGAAAAAAUAAAAACCUCGCCGGCAUUAGCGCGCACGUUCCCCAAUUUAAAUCUACCCAAGCACCUCCAGGGCUAACACUAGCCUAUCUUCAGCACAACCUUAAUUGUCUCGACGCGCCUGACGUAACUUGAACGCGCUUCAAUUGCCGGUUGCAGCCAUCGUCCCUGGAACGAAACGAAACAUCUUCUGUUUGUUAAGAACCAGGUACCCUUGAUGGAUCAUGGCAGAUGAAUCUGAGGAAGAAGUGCGCGAGCAACUAAAAGCUGCGCUAUGGUUCGCAGUGGGGAAGAUGGUCGAUGAAGAAACUCUCAGAAGGAACAGAAAUGUCACUCCCCAAUUCAUCGGAGCUUUGACUGAGAUGGUCUGGGCUCAAAUAGAAAAUGUCGCAUUAGACCUAGAGAACUUCAGUCGUCAUGCGGGACGAACAACCAUCAACACCGACGAUGUCUUGCUACUUGCUAGACGGAAUCAAGAUCUCCACGCAAUCAUAAGGGAUUUCGUGGAUAAACAGAAAGCCGCCAAAGCAAAGGGGAAGUCAAAAAGGUGAAAAGGGUGUUCAUUCUCAGUACCCCUAAGGACUCAUUCAAGAAGGCAAGUCGAGUCUCAGAUAUGCACAAGGCAAAUCUAGGUCAACAUUCAUCGCAAUGGAAUUUGUCUUUGGUCUCGCCCUUAACAUAGAAAGGGGCGGACGGCCGCAAGAAGUGUGACUUGUUCUGCUCGUUGACGACUAAGA